AUGGAUGGUGAUGAUGUGCCAAAGUCCAAGAUGGAGUUUAAUUCGUUAGAAGAUUUAAUGAGUUAUUAUAAGGAAUAUGGUAAGAAAUGCGGGUUUGGGGUGAUGACAAAAAGGAGUGAGAGGGGAGAGGAUGGGACUGUUAGAUAUGUCACACUUGCCUGUGCUCGUGGUGGGAAGGCUCAGAAUAGGAUUUUGAACGUUGCCAACCCUCGUCCGACAGGAAAAAUAGAAUUUCACAAUAUCCAUAAUCACAACCUAAGCCCAAAGAAAUCACGCUUCUUUCGAUGUAAUCGAGAAGUAAGUGAAACUGUAAAAAGAGUCCUUGAUACAAAUGAUAUGGUUGGGAUCCGUAUGAAUAAAAGUUUCGGAUCUCUUGUUGUUGGUGCGGGUGGAUUUGAGAACUUCUUAUUUUUGAAAAAGGAUUGUCGUAACUACAUCGACAAGGCACGACAUCUACGACUAGGCGCAGGUGGUGCUGGGGUGUUGCAAGACUACUUUUUACGAAUGCAGUACAAAAAUCCAGGGUUCUUUGCAUUGAUGGACCUGGAUGAUGAUGGUAGGUUAAAGAAUAUAUUCUGGGCAUACCCCCAGAGUAGAGCUGCAUACCAAUAUUUCGGUGAUGUGGUCACAUUCGACACCACAUACCUGACGAACCGAUAUGGGAUGCCCUUUGCACCAUUUGUUGGUGUAAACUACCAUGGGCAAUCAAUUUUGUUGGGAGCUGGCUUGAUUUCCUCAGAGGAUACUGAGACCUUCAUGUGGUUAUUUCGGACCUGGUUGCAGUGUAUGGAUGGUAUAGCGCCGAAGGCUAUUAUCACUAAUCAAGACAGAGCGAUGAAAAAUGUCAUUUCAAUUGUUUUCCCCGAAAGCCGACAUCGAUUUUGCCUUUGGCAUAUACUUAAGAAAGUCCCUAAAAAGCUUGGAAGCUAUGGUUCCUACAAAACUGGAAUGAAAAUUACACUAAUGAAAAUGUGUUGGAGCAAUAGCAUGAAUGCCUUUUUUAAUGGCUAUGUUCAUGCUAAAACAAACUUGAAAGAGUUUGUCGAUCAAUAUGAUAAUGCCUUGAAAAAGAAAAUUGAGAACGAAAAUGUAGCGGACUUCCACUCAUUUAAUGUCACAAUUUCCUGCAUCUCUAGAACUCCAAUUGAAAAGAGAUAUCAAGAUUUGUACACCAAUGGAAAGUUUAGGGAAGUUCAGCAACAACUUGCUCGCGUCAUCGACUUGGACCCAGUUUUACUCAAGGUAGACGGUAGAGUAAAGACUUAUGUAGUAGAGGAUGAAGUUUGUCUCGAAGAGUUCACGAAGUUGGUUACACAUUCAGUCCAGUUUAGUCAGGAAGAUACAGGUGCUGCAAAGUGUUCUUGUGGUUUAUUUGAAAUGAGGGGGAUAGUGUGCCGGCACAUCUUCGUUGUUUUCAAAUGUAACGGGAUUAAAUCAUUACCAGAUAGGUACAUUUUGGAUCGAUGGAGGAAGGACAUCAAAAGAAGAUACAUAUUAAUCCAUAGCAGCUACGACACAGUACAUCAACGGGAGGAUUCUAUUGCUUAUUCAAGUCUUUUGAACAUCUGUUAUAAGAUGAUUACUCAUGCUGCGAAUUCGUGA